CCUAUUUCUUUUUAACUUUCCAAAGAAUUCUAUUCAUCUUGUUCCAUUAUCCUAUUUUUCCUCAUUGGAAAACAAUCUACAAAAAUUCAUCUCACUCUCACUAAGCAAUCCUCACAAUGUCCAAAAAGCCUUCUGCUAAAGCCAUCGCUAAGCUCAAUGCCACCACCCUCUUUCCUGAGAUCAGAAAGGAGAUUGAAAAGAACCCAUCGCUCUUUGCCAUCCGCGGAUUUUUUAUCUUUAACAUUACAAAGAGGAAUGUCCCCAUGACAGAGUGGUAUCUCCUGUUCCAGGGGUUCGAUGCCCCUGCAAUCGUGUCUCAGAAGAGGCCUGAGAUCCCCAAGGCCAAGCCCGACCAACAGCCAAUCCCUGUGGCUAUCAUUCAGAUCGAAGACGCGGAUCUGCUCAACUUCAUGAGCGGUGGACUUACCGGAUCACGCGGUAUUGUGAGCGGAAAGAUCAAGAUUGCUGGUGCUAUGGAAUUGGCGGAAGAGCUGGAGCAGAUUUUCAGAAAGGCCAAAGGAUCGGAAAAGACCCUUGCUUACUUGGAGCAAAAGCGUGGAAAAUCUGAGAAAGCCAGAGCUCGUCUUUAAGAGCAGGCAUAUACUUUUGCUCUGCUCUGUCUACUUCAUGUAUAGACUCCUUGCAUUGUACUUGGAAGAGUGUCUGUCCUCCAACAUAAUGCAGCUACACUGGUAGAGAAUCUAAUAAAAAGAUCCGAGAGCAAGCCUACAGCAUGAGCCGCUAUUAUUUAGAAGAUCAUUUGAGGUAGUAAUAGGUUUGGAUGCAUCCAAUCGCAU